ACACGAUCGAGAGUAACAUUGCCGGGGAAAGAUAUGAGUCUUGUUCUAGCCACCCUUGCAAGCGCUUAUGAGCCCAACUCACUAUUUUUCUUGCCUUGAAAAAUUUUACUCUUUUACCCAAUACAAAUAAUCAAAGCCCCGUGCUUUCCCCGAAAAUGCCAUCCCAUAUCUGCGAGUACGAUUCAUCAUGGUUCUCCCUCUGUGGCGGCUUUCUUCCCCAAGGCUUGUUUCCAGUCUCUUCGUCUGCUUGGCGAUCACUUGUCUUUUGGUUAUGUUGAAAAUGAUGGCUGUCAUGAGAGAUACCAUCGAGGAGCAGCCGGGCAGUGGGAUGACAGCACACGGCCUUCUAGAGCCCACCCUCAAGGUCAUGAUUGUGGGUGACUCCAUGUCUCAGGGCCGAGAGGGCGACUGGACCUGGCGUUUUCGCAUUUGGGAGUGGUUCAAAGACCAAGGCCUUCCUGUAGACUUUGUAGGGCCGUAUAAUGGCACAGCACAGUCGGAUUUGCCCUCGCUACCAAAAACACCCUCAGACAAAGAGUCGCAUUGGGCGAGCGAGAUCAGGACGAGUGGAGGAUACGCAGCCGGUGUGUCGCAGGACUUUGACAAGGACCACUUUGCGAUUUGGGGUCGCCCAGUCGCAAUAGACAAAGCGCUAAUCUAUGAUGUACUCGCCGCCUACCCUGCCGAUUUAAUACUCCUAAUGCUGGGCUUCAAUGACAUGGCCUGGUUCCACACCGACGCCGCAGGUACCGUGGACAGUAUGCAGGCAUUUAUUUCCAAUGCCCGUGCAGCCAAUCCAACACUUAAAUUUGCUAUUGCGAAUGUUCCCCAGCGAACUUUUAUCGGCGGUCGGGAAGACCUCCCCGUCAGCACUAACCUAUACAAUGCAUUAUUGCGAGAGGCGAUUCCCGGAUGGAGCACUCUAGACUCACCGGUCAAAUUAGUCGAGCUGCGAGAGAAUUAUGAUUGCGAGACAAUCGCAUGUCCCGUGGGCUAUGAUGGCCUUCACCCAAAUGCUCAGGGCGAAUAUCAAAUUGCUCGUGCAUUCACACUCACCCUAGUCAAAGAUUUCAGCAUCGGGGCCUCUCCGCUGUCCGUCCCUACCAUGUCCGGCGUGCCACUUUCCGUACCAUCGAACCUUCAAGAUGUCGGUAGUCUUCCGCAGGGAUACCAGACGUGAUACUAUCAACUGGCUACCUUUAUCACCAAGUCAAUACGAACCGCCGCCAGUCUCAUCCCCGUCGAUCUACUGCGUCAGCAGGUACAACAAUGGGGCCCUAUGCACUCGGUAUGCUCAGCCUGUCGAGAGUGUCGUCGGCAUCACUGGGGUCAGGACAAAUAUCGUAGUACUUUCACGGCUUCAUUACUGGAAAAUUGCCCAUACUAGGAGCCACCACCUUUUUAAAAAUGAAGGAUCUUUGUGGCAUUGAUAGAGUAGACUUCUUUAAUGUUUCAGUCAAUGUUGUUAGUUCUUGCUAGUCAUGGCUGCUAUAUACUUUAAGCAAGCUAGUAAAUAAUAACGAGCAAUUUCGAUAAUCGAGCAGUCGCGUGGUAGGCUGGUAGGCAAGUUGAGGUAUCCUAGAAAACAAGAUCGGAUGUACUUCAUUCAUAGCC